AUGGUGGAGGGAAACGACAGCUUGUCCUUGAACCGGUCCCUGGAGCUGGACCUGGAGGAUCUGGACCGGUUCAGCAACCUGGAGGACAUCGACGUGUCCGCGGACGGGAGCCCGGUGCUGAGGCUCCUCAUCUGCCUGGUGUACUCGGUGGUCUGCGCCGCCGGGCUGGUGGGCAACCUGCUGGUGCUCUUCUUCAUCAGGGUGAAGAAGGAGAGGAAGAUGUCCAGCGUGAACUUCUUCGUGCUGAACCUGGCGGUGACGGACCUGCAGUUUGUCCUCACGCUGCCCUUCUGGGCCGUGGACACCGUGCUGGACUUCAGCUGGCCCUUUGGAGACGCCAUGUGCAAGAUCAUCCUCUCCAUCACCGUGAUGAACAUGUACGCGAGUGUGUUCUGCCUCACUGCCAUGAGUGUGACCCGCUACUGGUCCGUGGCCUCGGCCCUGAAGAACCGGACCCCCCACAGGUCCUGCUCCACCAAAUGGGUUUGCGCAUUCAUCUGGAUUCUGGCGACUUUGGCCACGACUCCAACCUCCAUCUUCUCCACUGUCAGCAACGUGACCGGGGAGAAGCUGUGUCUGCUGCGGUUCCCCGGAGGACAAUACUGGUUGGCAGUUUACCACAUCCAGAAGAUACUCGUGGGUUUUGUGUUGCCAAUGUCCAUCGUGUCCAUCAGCUACAUCAUGCUGCUGCGCUUCAUCCGCAACCGGAGCAUGAAGACCAGCAACCCCAAGCGCAGGUCCCAGGUCACUCGCUCCAUCACCAUCGUGGUGUUGUCCUUCUUCCUGUGCUGGAUGCCCAACCACGCCAUCACCCUGUGGAGUGUGCUGGUCAAGCUGAAUUUUGUAAACUGGGACAGCGCCUAUUACAUAGUCCACACGUAUGUGUUCCCACUGACCGUGUGUCUGGCGCACACCAACAGCUGCCUGAACCCCAUCAUCUACUGCCUCAUGAGGAAGGAGUUCAGGAACAAGCUCAGAGAUCUCAUUCACAGAGGAUAG